ACAUAACUCCGGGCCAGCCAACAACACAGCAUCGCAUUGAUACCCUCAGACACCGCGCAAUCCGACGCAAUAACCUCAAUCCCAUUACCUUCGUGCGCUAAUCCAAUACAAACCACCACAUCCCACGCGCAUCCAACCACACCCCCGCCAAUCCCGCACCCUCCACGCAACAAUGCCCUCCUCCUGCAAAGACAUCCGCGAAGCCCUCGCGCAAUGCCUCCAGCAAUCCGACUGCAUAAUGAUCCAACGGAACACCCCAGCCGACUGUCUGCGUCCGCCGCUCAUCGACACCCUGCCUACGCAGUGCCAGCAGCUUAAGAGGGGAUACGGCGAGUGCAAGCGCGGGAUGGUCGAUAUGCGCAAGCGGUUCCGCGGGAACCAGCCUAUUGCGAUGGGGAAGUUGGGAGAGCCGGAGAAGAAGAGCGGGCAGCUUUAUGCUGGGAAGGCGGCGUUUGGGGGGGUCAAGGAGACGAGUGGCGAUGAGCCGGAGCCGAGGGAUUGGAGGGAGGUGGAGAAUGAGAAGUUUAGGGAGGGGAAGGCGUAGGUUUUGGCUUGGGGCUUGGAAAAUGGGUGUGCGAAAGAGGAUAGGGUAUAACAUGGGCGGCGUUCUGAGGGAAAAUAUCACCUAGAGGCCGCUUUGCAUUGCUGGCGUUCAUACAUCUUUGGAUAUACUGUACUAUACAUACUCACAACCGUGUACAAUCAACAAGCGCGCAAGGCAAUACGAGCGAUUUAUUCGG